CUAGCACUUUUAGGGAUGGUGAUAUAGUUUAAAUAUCCUUGCGUCACAAUACUGACCUUACAUAAAUAGACCGGUUUUUACUGGCCGUUUACCCCGGUUCCUAUGGACAUAGGUCUGUGUAUAUAUAAAGUCGCUCUCAUCUUAUAUCAAGCAAUAGAACGUACUAUAUAGAAUAAUCUGUUUACUCUUACCAAAAAAUGGAUACGGCGAAAAUCAUCGCCUUUGGACUUGCAUUGAGCUUUCUAGCUAUUCUAGUUGUUGGUGGUGGUUACUUCAUGAUCUCUGCCAUCGACGAUAACAACACAACGACAUCAUCUACGGAAUCGACUAUAACCGGAAUCCAACCCUCGACGGACGACUCCUACACUUAUAUUGAAACGCGAAACUUUACUAGUAUAGCUUUGUACAUCACUAGCGGCGAAUAUCCUGCCCUGGUGUUUAAAGAGGGUGGUUCGUACCACUUAGCCCUUCGUGUCGAGUAUUACCAAGGACAAUGUGGACGAAACAAUAGCCUGCUACCACAUGGAACGAUUGUCCUGGACAUCGAGAGAGCUGAGAACCACUCUAAUGUUGGCAACUUCAAAGAGGAAUUUUGGAGCAGAGAGAGAAGAAAGUGGAAGGUUCCUGCCGAAAUAAAGAUAAGGGUAAACGUUCGACCAAAAGAAACAUAUAUUAUUAAAUCAAACUUUGAGAACUGUAUCUUGCAGAACAAAAUGAUUCUCAAUGUAACACGCGAUGUGGCUCCAGCAACACGUUAUAUUACCUAGGGUUUCUUGGGGAGUAAAGCGGUGACACACUCUCCGUUGUGUGCUCAUGUCACGUGAUGUAUUAACUACGACAUUCAGUGGAGUGGAGCGGUGACAAACUUUCUGUUAUGUCCUAAUGUCACGUGAGGUAUGAACUACGACAUUCAUUGGAGUGGAAAGGUGACAAACUUUCUGUAAGGUCAUAUUGUCACGUGAGGUAUGAACUACGACAUUCAUUAGAGUGGAGCGGUGACAAACUAUCUGUUAUGUCCUAAUGUCACGUGAGUUAUGAACUACGACAUUCAUUGGAGUGGAGCGGUGACAGACCUUCUGUUAAGUCCUAAUGUCACGUGAGGUAUGAACUACGACAUUCACUGGAGUGGAAAGGUGACAAACUCUCUGUUAUGUCCUAAUGUCACGUGAGGUAUGAACUACGAUAUUCAUUGGAGUGGAGCGGUGACAAACUUUCUGUUAUGUCCUAAUGUCACGUGAUGUAUCAACUACGACAUUAAUUGGAGUUGAAAGGUGACAAACUUUCUGUUAGGUCCUAUUGUCACGUAAGGUUUGAACUACGACUUUCAGUUGAGUAGAGCAAUGACCAGCGAUUUUUAGUGUCCUUAUGUCAUUUUGUAGGUUAUGUUAUUAUAUUUGCAUACGUGGGAAGUUAAUGUGGAAGGCGCUGUUCCAUGGCAUAUCAGCUCAAAAAAGCAAAACUGUAACGCUCCGCUUAACGGAAUGUAUUUAGUGUUCACCCUAUUUGUGUAAAAUAAAUGUUUGAAUGCUUAAAUGUCGCUUAACUUGAUCAGUUAUAACAUUCCAUAAGAAACUGAAAAUAUUUGAUGAGCUGUCAUAUUUGACUAUUAUCUGAAUUUGGCAAGGAUAAAAGGUGAUUAAACAGUGAAAUAAUGGAAGAUUUGAUUGUAGUAUCCUUCAAUUAGGGACCGCACGUUGGAAUAAUGCAAGAACAACAUUCCAAGGUUAAAUAACCCAGGUUAACAUAAAAUAACCCACUAUUAACAAAACAUAUAUUACUAGCAGCUCCCAAUUAAAUACUUACCACAGUCUGUAUGGUUUCUGUGCCCGUAUUAUCAACAAAAACAUCUAUUCCGUCGACACGGCCUGAUCGAGCACUGUCAUGGCUCUCGCUCGUGCGUACUCACUUACACUACGAAACCUCCGUUGCGCCAUACAGGUAGUAACGACACGACACAAAUAUUACAGACACACACGAAACGUACAACAAGAAUACACGCGAUCGUGACAUAUAGAAGAUGAAUAUCAUUUUACAAUUUUAUAAUGUAAUCGCUAUUCAGACAUCCGGUCUAAUUCAUAAAAGCAUUCUGUCAGAAGGCCUAGCUUGUUUAAAUUCGUUCACUCACUCAAAGUUGAAAAUACAAAAGAACUUAAUAACAAAGGAGAUUAUUUAACACUAGCGUGUAAACGUAGAACAGAUCUAGUAAGAGGUCAUCACUAGAACAGGUCAUGUGUAGAUACAUGUAGCAAAUUAUAUUGAAUACAAAUUAUAUUAUAUUAAUUCAGAUACACUAUUAUGUUAUUUUGUCCUGUUUGGGUGUAACUGGGUGAAAAUGUUUUUCGCGUGUGUAUGGAUGUGCGUUUAAAAAAGAUGAUGAUAUGGUGGUGGUGGUGGUGAUGUGUGUGUGUGUGUGUGUGUGUGUGAGUUAUUCAUUGUGUUAUUAUUAUUUCACUGCACAUCAUUCUUAUCCAAUACUUUCUCCUUCUUAAUACUGUAAUAUAUCAAGAUAUUGUCGUUUAAAUAUUUGUUGUUGUACCACCGCAAUUAAUAUAAUCAGCAUAACAAUGGUUUUUAUUGGGUUUUUUUCAA